CUUGUGCCUGAUCUUUUACAUCGAAAUCUUCUCUCAUCGGGUGCUAGCCGCCUAUAUAAACUUGUGAUCAGUCACAAAAACGUUCAGGGCAACCAACACUUCCACUAUCUUCUCCCCUGCAAUUUAUAGUAUUCGUUCCCCCGGAAACCAUUCCGAAAGCCAAUCAAAAUUUCACUCAAAAUUUCAAUCAAUCUUUUCUCGAGAGCAGAGCAAUGAUCACUCUCCACGAUGCCGCUGCCCAGGGCAGUCUUACCACAGAUACCCUUGAACAUUACAAAUCGGCCUCUCUCCACUUUAACAUUGACGAAAUCGAUCGCAAGGGUCGGACCGCACUCGCUUAUGCUUCUUUAAAGGGCCAUAUCGACGUCGUUAAAGUCCUGUUGGGCGAAAAUGCAAAUGUUAAUCAUAUCAACGACAAGAAUCGAACUGCCCUAUGGUAUGCGUCUUUCAGCCACUCUUCCGUCACCCAGCAGCGGCGUCGCGAAGUCAUCGAGUAUCUCUUGCAUAAAGGUGCAGAUCCCGAUGUCCAAGCAAUAGAUGGCACGACUGCCCUCAUGAAGCUCAUUGAGCAUCGGGAUCCCGGUGCCAUCAAGCUUCUGACAGACAUGGGCGCAUCUACUACCAUAGGAGUCAAGAAAGGAGCAAACCCUGUGACCAUUGAAGAGUUCGCAGAGGCCACCAAAGACCCAGCGGUGAUCCAGGCCAUCAAACAAGAUACAUUGCCUGCCAAGAACAGGGAUGAGAUUGUGACUGAGAUUAUCAACUACUUCUUCAAGUCCAUUGGUUUCAUGAACCAUACCCUCAAAGGUGCGGUCAAGACGAUUUUUGGCAUCCAGGGUAACAUGAAUCAGUCCUUUGGUUGUGUACCUGAGAACAUGCGAUCCAACGUCUCAAACGCCGCGGAUGUCCCACCCGAAAAGACGGAGAAUUUGAGAAACAGGAUCUUCACCGACUCAAACAUGACUGAUUCUUUCGUCUUCGGAGAUCCCCAGUCCCAGUCCCAGUCUCAGCCCCAGCCCCAGCCCCAACCCCAGGAUGUCAAAACAGUUGCUCUCGAUAAAGUUACAGAUGAUGUUACAGAUGAUGCUGCUUCUGCUUCCGUUCCGCUUGUGUCUGAGAUUUCACAGCACACCACGGCAGAAGAAUUCCAGGCCAGCAUGAUGCAGUUUAUUAAUGACACCGGACUCGAUUAUUUCUUUGAAGAUGGUAAUCCACUCCUGAAAACUAUUGCGAGCAAAGCAGUAGAGCUUCAAGGAAAGACAGACAACUUGCUCAAAGAAGACAAGGAUAUCCAGGACAUUACAAAGCUUGCUCUUUACCAACCAGUCUUUUAUUGCGACGACAGCGGUUCAAUGAAACAAGGCACACGCCAGUCUGACCAGAUUGAUCUUGUUCGACGAGUCGCCCGAAUCUCUACAUUGUUGGUACCCGACGGCUUCGGAGCAGGCUUGCUCUUCAUCAACGACAAACGCGAUAUGAACCCAAAGCUGAAGGCCGAGCAAGUCGAAGAGAUUAUGAAGACAACUAAGCUCGGUGGCAAGACCAGGAUUGGCACCCAACUCGAACAGAAGAUUCUCAAGCCCCUGAUUUACGAUGUCAUCAAGGCGGGUGGAAAGAUAGAGAGGCCUAUUCUCAUUUCCUGCAUCACGGAUGGCUGUGCCAGUGGUGAGACCAGAACCAAGUUCAAGGAGGCAAUUGUCAGCUGCAUUGAAUUCCUUACCGAGCACGAUUACCCUACUCAAACUGUUCGAUUCCAAAUUAGUCAGAUUGGCAAUGAUUCCUCUGCAGCAGAUUUUCUGCAACAGCUGAAAGAGGAUGACGAACUGACUGAGUGGCUCUACUGCACCACCCAGCGCCUUGAUGAGGGAUGCAGAGAAUUCAACGAGAAUGAAGAGGAUCUCGAGCGAUGGCUUCUGCAAACACUCAUGGGACCGAUUGCCAGCUUGGGAAGCUGCAGCGACUAAAUGUAUAGGUAGAUUUAUGUGCUUAAUAGGUGCUGCGGAGUUAUGGGAGUAAAUGGAAUCAAACGAGGUGGGACUCGUUGGCAAAAGUUCAGGCGCUAUGGUGGGAGUUGGGAGGAUUCUUUCUUUGAGACAUUCUUUGGUCAUACUUUCCUUUUGUUGAAAAGCUUUCUUUCUCUUCUUUUUCUUCUUCUUGUAUUAGUCGCCUUUUUUUUUUCUAUCGCUGGACU